AUGCUAACCGAACGGGAUGUUCAAGCGUAUAAAUACUGGUUGAUAGACUAUGCUCGAGAAGAUUGCUUCGAAUCGCUGGUAGACUGCGUGGAACUCCGAGUGCAAGUCAUUGGGGAAGCGAGAGAGGAGACUGAGGGAUUUGGUAAGAAGAAUGAGGAACGGGGUAACAAGAAUCGUGAUGAACGACCGCGUUUCCGAGGAUUCAACACACGAUUUUCAACCAGACAUUGUAUUGUUAGCACAUGCAAACAAGACCAUCCACCAUGGGUUUGUGAUGCUUUCAAGAGACUCCCUGUACAGAAGAGAAAGGAAUUAAUUUCAAAAAGCAGCCGUUGUUAUCGGUGCCUGGCAGCUGGGCAUCACAGCAAAUAUUGUCGUAAAGCACGAAAAUGCGGAGUUGACGGAUGCCAGAGCAACAACCAUAGCAGUUAUCUUCAUGAAAGCACCCCACAGACUGAGAAAACAAAUGCUAGACAGCAGUUAGAACCAGAGGCGCCAACCUUCUAUCCAAGACAGCCACCAGCCCGAGAAGCAAGAACCGAACAGUCUGGUAGAAUGGACAUCAAUAACCAACAGACAGCCGAAUCAUCCACGCAAGAGAGAACUCACAAAACGA